AUGUCAAAUUAUUUAUUUGAACGAUAUAAAGCAUCUAUGAUACUUAGUGGAGUUGGAGAUGCAUUAGGUUAUCGAAAUGGUAUAUGGCUAUAUAAUAAUUCUGGAAAAGAUAUUUAUAGAGAAUUCAUUGAAACAUUUCAACAAAUCGAACAUAUUCAUAUUCAACUUCCUCAAUGGCGUCUAAGUGAUAAUAGUAUUCUUCAUUUGGCUAUAGGUGAAUGUCUUAGUGAAUAUGGUGAAAAAGAUCCAUCAUCAGAAUUGUAUUCAUCUAUUGUUAAAAAAUUGAAAAGUAUUCUUAAUGAUUUAAAAAAUCGUCAUCCAAAUUCAAAUCAAAUAUCUUCUAUUAAUCGUUUAUCAGAAAAUGAUUGGUCACAACCAUAUUCUCCUAUAUCAAACGAUUCUAAAUCUGCUGUUCGAUCAAUAUCAAUUGGUCUUCGUUAUAGUAAAAUAUCUGAAUUUGAUAAAUUAAUGAAUGUUUCUAUUGAAAUAUCUCGUAUGACAAAUUCUCAUCUUGAAGAUAAACCAAUAAAUACAUGGAUUAAAUCUUUAAUUCAAAUCUUACCUUAUCUUCAACAUCAUAUUCAAUCUCAACAAGGAUCUCAUUUAACACAUUAUAUUAAAUCUUGGUCAUCAUUUGAAAAAUUUUGGAAAGACUUUAUAAUUCGACAAGAUGUUAAUAUAAAAGAUAUGGAAGAACGUGACAAUUUUUAUCGAUCAUUAUCUCAUGCUGGUUGGCCUGGAUCAAGUGGAUGCGAUUCAAUAGCUAUAGCAUAUAAUGCAUUAAUAACAAGUGAUCAUUCAUGGUCAGAAUUAUGUAAACGAUCAUGUUUUCAUACUGGUCAAACAAAUUCAACAGGAUCAAUAGCUGCUGGUUUAUUUGGAAUUAUUUAUGGAUUUCAAUAUGUUCCUAUAGAUAAUUAUAAAAAUAUUGAAUAUCAUGAUCGUCUUGAAAAUGUAGCAAUUAAAUUAUUUGAUUUACGUGAAAAAGAAAUUAAAUCAAAACAAAUAAAUGAUCAACAUGGUCCAUGUCAACAUUUUAAAUUUGUUCCAUCAAAUAUACUUGAUAAUAUCCCUGGAUUUCGUCAAUCAAUUUUAUCAACUAAUCAAAGAAAAUAA